CGGCGGCGACAUCGCGGCUUAACCCUAACCUAAGUUUUCGAAAUCAACAUGCGUUCGUGCAUCCUGAGGAACCUGCUAAGCAUACGGCGAUUGUCGCGUGAAGCUCCCGGAAAUCAUACAUCACGAUCGUUAACGUAUUCAUGGCUAAAAUUGACGAAGAGGUUCUCGAGCGACAUGGGAAACGACCACAAGGACAAAAAAGAUGACACGAGCAAGAACACCGAUUAUAACCUCGCUGGUGCUAUGAAUAUAAAAUACAAAGUAUUUCACGAUGAAGACGCUGAGAUUAUUCUUGACGUGAGCGAGGAGCAGCAAAAGAUCCUCCUUGAGGACCUGAACAAGCAGGAGGAGAAAGUUCAUGAUCCUUACACCGAUAUAAAUCUGGAGCAUGGUGUUACUGGAGUAUUCGACAUCGAUCACCUUGUUGAGUUACUGGAAAGAGAUAAGGCAAAGAACAUCUUUGUCGCUUCCGUUCCCAAGGAGUACGCUUACGUGGACUACAUCGUUGUCGCGACUGGAAAUUCACAAAAGCACAUGAACGCUUUGGCCACUUUUGUACGCAAGGUUUACAAACUGAAAAGAUAUCAAAACGAGUUAAUACCUAAAAUCGAGGGGGAGAAGUCAAAGGAUUGGAUGGCCUUGGAUUUAGGGAAUAUCGCUCUCCAUAUUUUAUCUGGCUCUGCUAGAGAACAUUACGACUUGGAGACUCUAUGGACUGUCGGUUCGCAAUAUGAUGAUAAGACCAAUACAUCUGAAGAAUCGAGCAUUAUGGAUCAGUAUAAUGCCUUCUUAGCUGAUCUUCAACCAGCCGAUAGUGCUCAAUGAUUUACAAGCGUGUACUUUAAUUAAAAAAU